CUCGCAAAAGUUGACGAUCUUUGGUAGGCAUGUAAUGCGGAACAAAAACAAAUAUGUUGAAAGGAAACUCGAACCCAGAGGGAAGAUGGAAGGAAAGACUUCUAGAGAGUAUGAUGAAUCGUGUAUUUUCUGCCAUUUUGCGCACAAUAGAGACGAAGAAACGACUAUUCUUAAGCAGGACGAAGAGUUUGUUUGCUUCAGAGAUAUUGAUCCUGUUGCUCCUCAUCACUACCUGGUUAUUCCUAGAGACCACAUUGUCAGCUGCAAAUCACUGAACAGAACCCACAUUGACCUCGUUAAAAGGAUGGCCAAAUUUGGGAAAGAAGUCCUCCUGGACCAGGGGGUCACUGAUAUGGAGAAUGUAAGGUUGGGGUUCCAUCAGCCUCCCUUCAUCUCAGUAGAACACCUUCACCUCCAUGUGCUUGCCCCGGCUAGCCAGAUCUCAACUACUAUGCAGUACAAGUUCACCCCAGAAACUGACCGUUUUAUUACUGAAAGGUCUCUAAGGGAGCGUUUAAAGAAAGUGCCUCCACUUACCUUUGCAAGUUUUAGAAAACAUUUGGGAUUUUAGGUCUUAGGUUUUGAGCCUCUAAUGAUCAUGCAGCUGUGGUACAAAAAGAAACUCAGCCUGGACAGAGACUUUUUAUAAGCACUGACUGUUAAGACAGAAAAGCUGAAUUUCAGUGUGCUGUUAUUCCAGUGUGCAUGCAAACUCCAGGCUGGCUGGAACUCCAACCCAGUACCUUCUCACUACAA